AUGUAUUCAUAUCGACCGGGAGAUGCAUGGUGGGUUCCCCGCACCAAGCCUCCGCUAUAUGUGGAGUCUCGCGCCAGUCGUCCGGCAGUCACGGAGCCUCGCUCCAUUCCAGUUGAGCCAGUGACUUCUCGGGGGAUUCCAGUACGUCAACGAUCAGACAACUACAGUCUAGUCUCUGGCGAGCCUUUAAGCCGUUGGGGAAAACGUCGGCAGGGGACAUCCUCCAACAACAGUAUAUCACCAUUAGCGACUGCGAAUGGGCUCCCUCGAGUUCGUAAUGACAAAUCCGCGAAUGAAGACGACGUGUUUCCGAAGGGCGACCUGGACAGAGAAACCCUGGCUCAAGCUCCUUCUCGCGAUUCCAAACCGAUCGUUUCUUCACAGAUUCACAUAUCCAACGGCGGAUCUGGUCGAAAAACAGCUAUAGGUUCGAGUUCCACCCUUCUCGACCGAGACAAUGGCCGCCGAGACGUUCAAGAUGGGAUGAGCUGCAACGUCGACGACGGCGAUAAGCAUCAAGGAGAAGCUGUACACCGCACCGACUGGGCUUUGGUUCGGUCCCUUCCCAUCACGACCGGCCCGUCACAAACGAGAAUGCCUCAGGUCACUGCAUCAUAUUCGUUGGACUCCGAACCGACCCACCGCGACUUUGGUGGCACUGCCAAUCCUCCACUUGAAUACCAAGAUCUUGAUGUUCUCAUUGGUUCUGGUGAAGUGGAAGGAGCCUUGCGGAACCAUAAUACCGUCGAUGGUGACGAGGCAUCCUUUGCCGCCGCUUCGUCAAUGUCUCAAGAAAUGGACAUGAGUUCUUCUGGAGAGGAAUCCUUCGCCUUCAAUUCUCAGUCUCCGCCAUCUUUUGACAUGGGACUAGAGAAAGAAAUUGAGAACAUGGUUUCGGAGAUCGCGCUAGAUUUGGUGCAAGGGUUCUUGUCCGGCAGUGGAAGAAUAAACGUAUGCACCCCUCAAAGUUCUCAAGGAUCGCCUGCAAGCUCAAACGUUGGCGAUCGGCCUGCCACUGGAUCUUGUUCAUCAACCGGACAGGCGAGCAAAGCGGCAGGAUCGUCCAAUAAGGACAAACGCCAUGAACAUGACGGCAACGAGGAGCCGAAGGAACCACAGAGACCACGCAUCCAAAGCCUCAUCCAGGAUGAUUCUGACGAAGAAGGGCUUCUUGCCUGCCCUUAUGCGAAAUACGAUGCCGACAGAUAUUCAGAAAUGAACCCGAAUCUGCAUGAAAGAGCGUAUCGUCGAUGCCGAAGUGUAUACUUGACAAACAUUCCCCGGCUGAAGCAGCAUCUUUAUAGGAUCCAUAGGCGACCUGAAUAUUACUGUUCGUCCUGCUAUACCGAAUUCAAGUCGGAAAGCGACUGCGAGGGGCACGCUCGGGCGAGGCCAGCCUGCGCUGUGAAUGACUGCCCCUUUCAGGAGAAGAUGACCCACGAACAGUACAAAGCAGUCAAGCGCAGGAAGAUGCGCAGAGACGCCGCGUCAGUAUGGUUCGAAAUCUUCGACAUCCUUUUCCCGGGUGCGCAGCGUCCAGGCACUCCCUAUGUGGAUGACACACAUUCCCAGGCCACAAUGCAGAGUGUCCAGGAUUACACCAGGUAUCUCGAAAACCAUCUGCCCCAAAUGCUCUCUGAACGAAUGGGUCGCCCUCUUUUUAAUAACGAUUCCUCGAUGUUUCAAUGGCUCCUAAAUAAAGCUCUUGAGGAGACCUUGCCGAGGGCUCUGCGAGAGUUGCAAGAUUCAUGGCAAAUGGUGGGAUCUGUGGCGGGAAUCAACGAUGAUUCAACUUGA